AUGGAUUGUUUUGCAGCUGAUGAUGCUACAGCAGUUCAACCCAAGAAAUUGGAAGUUGUGUCCAAGCAGGCAACGAAAGUCACUGCUUUAUCUACAAAGCUAGAGUGGAAGAUAGAUCAGUUUGAGAAAUUAAUGAAGUUGUUCAAAAAUGGUCAAAAUCUCAUAAGUAGACAAUUCGGCGUGCCACAGGCACCAACUGUGUGCUGGGAACUUCAUGUGUAUCCAAACGGAAAACGAGAAGAGGACAUGAAUAAUGUGUCGUUCUUUCUUCGGCAAGUGGGAUUGCAGGUAAGAUUGCGUUAA